GUACGAGAAUCCAUAUUUUGCUAUUGUUAAAGAAAAACAACAACAUGGAAGUGACGAUGUCUACGCUGCUAUACGAAAUUGAUUUCACGACGAUUUUAGUAUUCGUCGCAAUAUUUAUCAUAACCAACAACAUCGUGACAAAUCUUAGAAGACCUUUGCCGGGACCUUGGGCGUGGCCACUGGUGGGAAACCUCCCAAACUUAUUGGGCUACAAAAAGAGCUUGAUCCACCGCUUCACUUGCGAAAAAAGUAUGGAAAUAUCAUGGGCUUAAAAUUAGGGCCGAUGGAUUUGAUUUACAUUUGUGGAUACAGAAAUCUGUCAGAGGUUUUCCAUAAGAAAACGGAGUUCACUAAAUAUCGUCCAAACUGGUUGUAUGUAGCAACUCGGAUGACGGACAGAACAGGUAUCAUAUGGAGCAAUGGUGAUCUGAAUCAUCACAUCAGAAAGUUCUCACUCAGCGCACUGAGAGAUUUUGGAUUAGGAAAAACCUCUCUUGAAGAUAGAAUUCCUAGAAGAGACACACGUCCUGUCCGACAGUUUGGCGAAAAGUAAAGGAUCGCCAGUUGCCUUAGACACAUUACUCCCUAAAGCGGUGUCGAAUAUAAUAUCGAGUAUAGUGUUUGGAUCCAGAUUUGACUAUGAUGAUGAAGAUUUUAAAGGCCUUCUACACAAGAUGGAUUAUAUUAUACACAAUACAAACUACAAAUUGGUGGAGAACUACUUUCCAUUCCUUGAAAAUAUUUUACCAAAUUCAAAGGUCCGAAAAAUUCUUCAAAAACGAAGCGAAUUUCAAGACUACAUCAGAAAGCAGAUAGCACAGCAUAAGGAAUCGUUCGACCGUGGAAGCAUUCGCGACUUUAUUGACCUGUUCAUAGAUCAGGAAUCGAACGAAUCGGAGGAUGCUCUGACAGAUACGGACCUAUUCCAGACGAUAUUCGAUUUGUAUGUAGCUGGAUCUGAGACCACUGCUACUUCACUUAUGUGGAUCUUUUUGUUCAUGAUUAAGUACCCUGAAGUACAGACAAGAUGCAGGGAGGAUAUCAAAAAGGUUACCGGAAACAGACAGGUCACAUUAAAAGAUAGAGACAAACUUCCCUAUAUAGUGGCGACUGUGAAUGAGAUCCAGCGACUGAAAAUUAUCGCUCCAAUGGCUGUCCCGAGAACCGCAAUGGAGGAUAUACAGAUAGAUGGCAUAACGAUACCAAAACGUUGUACAAUGGUGGAAGUUCUCAUAUCGGCGCAUUACGACACUGAUUACUGGGUAAACCCCGAGGAGUUCCACCCAGAGAGAUUCCUUGAUGAGAGCAACUCCAUCAUUCGUCAUGAAGCCUUCAUUCCCUUUGGUUUGGGUAAACGAGUGUGUCUUGGUAAGCAGUUAGCAGAGACGGAGAUGUUCCUAUUUUUUGCAACACUUCUACAGAGAUUCCGAUUUGAGAACGCUCAGCCCGAAGUUCCUCUGGAUAUGGAUGGAAUUAGUCCAGGCGUGACGUACUCACCGAGUCCAUACAAAGUCUUGCUGCUGGAAAAUUAAAGAAUACUCAGUUGGAUUUAAUGUAUAUUAUGGUUAAUAAACAAAUACAUUCAUA